CUUUGAACUCGGCUUUCUUGGACUACCGAAUUUAGAAACACCUAAAAAUGUCGUCAAAUCAGUAUUGGAAAUGUUACUUUAAAUGUGAAGUGACUGACGUUUUACACCGUUUUCCAAAUCAUCAAUAUAAUCCCGAAAGGUUUAACUCAUGGAUAAGUGUUCUAGAUCCUAAUAUGCAGAAACGAAAUCCGCAAUAUAUAUACAACAAUUUAAGAUUGUGUAAUAGGCAUUUUGAGUUAUGCUACCAUACACCCAGUAAAAGACUUACGAGGAAUGCUGUUCCAACUUUAAAUAUUGAUUUAUAUAAUAUGGAACAAGAAGUACCACCACUACCUAAAAGUAUUCCAGAAGACAUGUCUAUGGAAGUUUCUCAAAACAUUAAAGAUCCAAAGUUAAGUGGUAGCAUAACCACUAGUAAGCCUGUGGUACCACAAGACAAGACAACAAGACAAAUGCAAAGAAAUAUUUGCAAUCUAAAGUAUAGAUUAAAGAAGCUUAGCCAGAAAUAUACAACACAAACAAAAAAAAUUAAAUGUGCAAGGAAUCUAUCUCUUUCACAGGCAUUUUUAAAACAAAUUGAAAAGUUUCCUGCACCCAUAAAAAAUUUUAUUGGUGUAAGGGAGUAA